GCAGGGUGUGUUUCUCCCUGACGUUAUUUGUGUGUGUGUGUGUUUGUGAGAGAGAGAGAGAGGUAACGUCGUGUCUCUGAUGUAAAGAUGGAUUUUCUCUUAAGGCUGUGUGUGUUUCUCCUGACCUGGAUGCCAGCUAUCACCACCACCAUCACUGGGGCCAGAGAUGUGGACUGGGACGAUGUGGUGCUGGCGGAGCGGAACUCCAACGUCACGCUGCCGUGCGAGUUCAGGCCCCUGGCGACCAAUCACGUCGUCAACUGGAUGAUGACACCGCUGGGCGCGGCCGACAGAGUGGCGCUGCUCUCAGCCAAUCACAAGAGCGAGUUCCUGCACUCCCGCAAGACCGGCCUUGGGCUGGCCAAUCGGAACUACCCGAAGACGGGCGACCUGUCUCUACGGAUGGUCGCCACGGAGACGGAUGUGGGGCGGUACUGGUGUCUCGUGGAGCAGGCGGGAAAACAGCUGAAGAUGAGCGUAGUGCUUCUGGCGCUCGUGGACA